GCCGCCGGGCCCGAGGCCGGAGCCAUGGGCGAGACCAAGAUCAUCUACCACCUGGACGGGCAGGAGACGCCGUACCUGGUGAAGCUGCCCCUGCCCGCCGAGCGCGUCACCUUGGCGGACUUUAAGGGCGUUCUGCAACGACCCAGCUAUAAGUUCUUCUUCAAGUCUAUGGACGACGAUUUCGGAGUGGUGAAGGAGGAGAUCUCGGAUGACAAUGCCAAGCUGCCCUGCUUCAAUGGCCGGGUGGUGUCCUGGCUGGUGUCGGCUGAAGGCUCACACCCAGAACCAGCGCCCUUCUGUGCUGACAGCCCGGCAGAACUGCCACCGCCCAUGGAGCGCACAGGAGGCAUCGGCGACUCCCGGCCCCCAUCCUUCCACCCUCACGCUGGUGGGGGCAGCCAGGAGAACCUGGACAACGACACAGAGACAGACUCCUUGGUGUCUGCCCAGCGAGAACGGCCACGCCGGAGGGAUGGCCCAGAGCACACAACCCGGCUGAAUGGAACUGCCAAGGGGGAGCGGCGACGAGAGCCAGGGGGUUAUGACAGCUCCUCCACCCUGAUGAGCAGCGAGUUGGAGACCACCAGCUUCUUUGAUUCAGAUGAGGAUGAUUCCACCAGCAGGUUCAGCAGCUCCACAGAGCAGAGCAGCGCCUCACGCCUGAUGAGAAGACACAAGCGGCGGCGGCGGAAGCAGAAGGUUUCCCGGAUUGAGCGGUCUUCAUCCUUCAGCAGCAUCACGGACUCCACCAUGUCACUCAACAUCAUCACCGUCACUCUCAACAUGGAAAAGUAUAACUUCUUGGGGAUCUCCAUUGUGGGCCAAAGCAACGAGCGUGGUGAUGGAGGCAUCUACAUCGGCUCCAUCAUGAAGGGUGGGGCCGUGGCUGCUGAUGGACGCAUUGAGCCAGGAGACAUGCUGUUACAGGUAAACGAGAUCAACUUUGAGAACAUGAGUAACGAUGACGCGGUCCGAGUACUUCGGGAAAUUGUACACAAACCAGGGCCCAUCACCUUGACUGUAGCCAAGUGCUGGGACCCAAGUCCACGUGGGUGCUUCACACUGCCCAGGAGUGAGCCCAUCCGACCCAUUGACCCCGCGGCCUGGGUCUCCCACACUGCAGCCAUGACCGGCACCUUCCCUGCCUACGGCAUGAGCCCCUCCCUGAGCACCAUCACCUCCACCAGCUCCUCCAUCACCAGCUCCAUCCCUGACACAGAGCGCCUAGACGACUUCCACCUGUCCAUCCACAGUGACAUGGCUGCCAUAGUAAAAGCCAUGGCCUCCCCUGAAUCCGGGCUAGAGGUCCGUGACCGAAUGUGGCUCAAGAUUACCAUCCCCAACGCUUUCAUCGGCUCGGAUGUGGUGGACUGGCUGUACCACAACGUGGAAGGCUUCACUGACCGGCGAGAGGCCCGCAAGUAUGCCAGCAACCUGCUGAAAGCCGGCUUCAUCCGCCACACUGUCAACAAGAUCACCUUCUCCGAGCAGUGUUACUACAUCUUCGGCGACCUCUGUGGCAACAUGGCCAACCUCUCCCUCCACGAUCACGACGGUUCCAGCGGCGCCUCCGACCAGGACACGCUGGCCCCUCUGCCGCACCCAGGGGCCGCCCCUUGGCCCAUGGCUUUCCCUUACCAGUACCCGCCACCCCCACACCCCUACAAUCCGCACCCAGGCUUCCCAGAGCUGGGGUACAGCUAUGGCGGGGGCAGCGCCAGCAGUCAGCACAGUGAAGGCAGCCGGAGCAGUGGCUCUAAUCGUAGUGGCAGCGACCGGCGGAAGGAGAAGGACCCUAAGGCCGGGGACUCGAAGUCGGGCGGCAGUGGCAGCGAAUCGGACCACACGACCCGCAGCAGCCUGCGGGGGCCGCGGGAACGGGCGCCCAGCGAGCGCUCGGGUCCUGCCGCCAGCGAGCAUAGCCACCGCAGCCACCACUCGCUGGCCAGCAGCCUGCGCAGCCAUCACACGCACCCAAGCUACGGCCCCCCUGGGGUGCCCCCUCUCUACGGGCCCCCCAUGUUGAUGAUGCCCCCACCGCCCGCGGCCAUGGGGCCCCCGGGAGCCCCUCCGGGCCGCGACCUGGCCUCCGUGCCCCCCGAACUGACCGCCAGCAGACAGUCCUUCCGCAUGGCCAUGGGAAACCCCACCAAGAAUUUCGGGCUGUUUGACUUUCUGUGAGUCCCCAGCGAGAGGAGGCCCAGCCUCUGAGGAGACCAGGAACCUUGCUUCAGCAGCCCCUCAGGGCUUUCCAAGGAUAUUCAGCCCCUAUACCCACACUUCAACAAACAUGUCAAGUCACUAGACUUCUGAAAAUCACCCCAGCCUCUCACCCACCUACGAGAGCCUCUGUUCCCCUUUCCCCAGAGAGUUCUCUGCUCUCUCAUUCCCUCUCUCCCUUUUUCUCCCUCUCUGUCUGUCUGUCUCUCUCUCUCUCACACACACACACGUGCCUAUGCAAGUUCACUUAAGCCUCAGGGCUGGUCCCUGACCAGAGGGCUGGACCCUCUCUCCCAGUCCUCUCCCAGGUUGUGGGGCUGGUCCCCUGACUUUUCUCUCUUCAUAGCCCUCACACCUACCACACAUGUGCCCAUCAUCUUCCUAUCUGAAUAAAGCCCAUAAGCUGGACUCAGCACAAGAUACCCCAGGCAACUAACAGUGUUUUCACAGUCAUCAUGAUAACUCAGAGCAAGGUUGGGCAGGAGGACUUCUGGGAUUUCAGAUAGAGUACCAGGUUUUGUGGGGUGAUUUUUUUUCCUUAACCGUAUUCUCCCAUUUAAACAAAUCACAGCUUUCUCUAUGAGCCUCUUCUAUAAAUUCUGGCUCACCUAGGCUUCCAUAUUUUUAGACCUGGGGUGUCAAGAGUAAGAUGAAGUCCUAAGCUCCCAAGUUUUGGUGUAAACCAGGGUAGGGGUAUUUUGGCAUUCAUUCAUUUAACACAUAUUCCCGGUGGGGGGGGUGCCUAAGGGCUGUGUUAGAAGUGUAACUCAGUCUUGUCUUCCUUCUGGGAGCUCUAGGUUUGCUCCCAGCCCAGACCAUGGUUGCCUCUAGCCACUACUAUGGGGCUGCCUCCUGUACUUCUCUUCCUCCUCUGGUUUCGCCAUCUCUGACUCUCUUGAGGAUUCUUCCACUAUUGCUCAUGCCUUAAGGGUCCCUGUAUUCCAUCAUUGGUCCACUUCUCUUUCCUCUCUAUUUACUUCCAAAAUAGAAUCAUCCAUCCUGAUGUCAACUGCCAUUGAUAUGCUGGUGAUUCCCCAAUAUAUAUCUCCAUCCCUAACUGCCCUUUAUCUUUAGACUGGUAUUUUUAUCACCUGCUGGAUAUCUCCUUGGACAUGUCCAGAUAGACUCAACUCUUUCCCUCCGUACCGCCAAGUAUGUUCCUCCUGAAUUCCAAUCCUGGUUACAUUCAUCACUCUUCAUAGGCUCACCAGCUAGAAACAUUUAUGGGCUUAAAUUCCUUCCCAUAUUUUACUAGUCAGUAUAUCAUAUCCAUUCCACUCCAAGUUUUCUUGAAUUUGGUCCUUCCUCUCCCCUCUGCCUCUACUCUAGUUCACAGGAGCUUGGGAUUUGGAGUCAGGUUAUUCUGGGUUUGAAUCCCAACUCUACUACUUUUUGGUUGUGUGAUAAGAGAGUUAUUUAAUCUCUCUGAGCCUCAGUUUUCUCAUGUGUAAAAUGAUAAUAAUACCUACCUCACAGGGUUGUUGUGAGGAUUUAAAUUAGAUAUUGUACGAAAAGUGCCUAGCACAGUGCCUGGCACACAGUAGAAUAGGUGCUCAAUAAAUGGUAGCUAUU